CCCGCUUAGUCACGACGCACUGCCGUCGUACUGCCGUCGUACACCACACAAUGCGCUCGCUGCUUCGCUCGCUCCUCGUCCUAGCCCUCGCCACUCGUGCGGCCGCCGCCGCGUUUCCCGAGGAGGAGGACGUCGUCGUGCUCGACACGAAAAACUUUGACGCGUUCAUCUCCACGAACCCGCUCGCGUUGGUCGAGUUUUAUGCUCCCUGGUGCGGACACUGCAAAGAGCUCGCGCCCAAGUGGGCCGAGGCGGCGGCCAAGUCGAAGAAGCUCGACACACCUGUGCCACUCGCCAAACUUGACGCCGACGCCCACGGCGACCUCGCUGGCCGCUUUGGCGUGAGCGGCUACCCGACGCUCAAGCUCUUCAGAAACGGGGUGGCCGAGGACUACAGCGGCGGACGGGAGGCGGAUCAGAUCGUCGCUGCGCUGCAGAAGAUCGCCUCCUUUGUCCCGCCCUCGCAGAUCAAGUCGGACGACGACCUGACCGCCGCGCUCAAGGCGAGCGCAGGCAAGCCGCUCGUGCUCGGCCUCUUCCGCCAGCCCGUCAAGGCGUCGAGCGCGUACAAGGCGUUCGACAAGCUUGCGUACGAGACGGCUGGCCAGCAAGUGGCAUACGCGUGGAGCGGCUCGUACAGCGCGCCACCCGUGAUGCCGCUUAUCAACGGCAAGAAGCCGCCCGUCCCAGGGCUGCUGCUCCUCGACAGCAGUGGCGCAGCCAAGUUUGCGCUCGCCGUGCCCCGAAAAAAGGAGGAGUUCACGCCCGAGUGGAUCGCGGAGUGGCUCUCGGCGCACGACGUUGAUGUGAAAUACGAGGAGGCGCCGCCCCCGGAGGAGCCCGAGCCG